CCCAAGCUCGGAGAAGCAAGGAAGCACAACUAUCUAGCAUGGACUACAAGCAUCAGUUUGCGGGAGAAAUUAUGCGAUGGGCGUUCUGAUGUGUUCAAAAGCCAAUUUGGAGGCCUAAAAUCAAGCAAACACGAAACGGAUUUGUUCGCUUCUUAAAGUCGGUAUUGAACUGUGACUGAAGAGUGUUUUAAACGACCCUCCCCUGUGUUAAGGGUUGUAUCAAGCAUGUCAUCAACGGACAAGCGGGGUUUGUUCUAGUCUGGGAGCUCCGCACUGGUGCUAGCACCAAAGCUUCUGCAGACAAACUUCUAAGACACUCCUCUCGCUUUAAGCUCAACGUCGUCGUCAUCAAAUACGGAAUCCAAAGACAACCUCUAUGAAUGAUCAUGAGGCGCUCUUCUGAUGCGCCCAUGAUGACCUUCUCUUACUUGUCAUGUUUUUGAAGAACGGAGCGCCCUCUUUCGGCUCGAGCAAGUCUCUUGCCAGAUCGGAGUUCCGGUCUCGUAUACCAUUCACUUUGAGCCUGACCCAACAGAAGCAAUUUGGGCCCCAAUGCUGCCCUUACAAUCAUAGACGUAGUUACAACACGACUUCGGCCGAUGGCGAACCAAAACAGGACCGAUGCACGCCGGCCAUGGUGUGGCCCAACACCGCGAGGCCAACACCUUACGAGAUCUUCAACUCGAAGCCAGGGGCGCCGUACAGCAAGGGCAAGUUCUACGAGCUAGCGAAACAGUACCACCCCGACAGAUAUACCGAGCAAGGCGAUCAUCUGGACGAGAAUGGUCUCUCCCGAGCCACCAAGCUCGAACGCUACAAGCUCGUCGUGGCGGCGAACGACAUCCUCAGCAACCCGGUCAAGAGGCGUGAAUAUGACCAAUUCGGGCUGGGAUGGGCUACCGGCGAGGUGCGAGACUUGAACGAGGAGCUACGGGCCAAGGACCAGGCGUGGCGCACAGCUCCCAAUUCUCCGGCCAUGAACUCGUCAUGGCAGGACUGGGAGAAGUGGCGGCAUCGCCGAGACGGCACUGCACCCAAGCAAGAGCCUUUGUUCAUGUCCAACGGCGGAUUUGCCAUCGUGCUCUGUGCCUGCGUUGUCGUCUUCAUCUGGGCCCAAGCGUCCCAGGCAAGCCAGCGAUCCUCAAGAGUCAUGCAGGCCAGGGAUAAGAUGCACCAGGCCGCGACCGACAAUCUAUAUAACACUAGAAUGCAGCGCGCCACCUUGAGUCAGAACAGCAGGGUACAGCUCUUCCUGCAUAAACGGGAGUUUGGAGACAACCCUUUUGAACCGGUGGGACAGUUGCCUGCAGAAAGCCCAAAGAAAUGAGAAGAAUAGACUAUGAUCGAUGAUUUUCAGAUCGCCGAUCCAGUUUAUGCUACGGAGCUGCCAAUUCAUUGGCAUAAGGGAACGUGGGCAUCCCCCGGCCUUUUCAAGCUCACCACUAGGCAUUGGCCUAUCAUCUUUGGCUUGGGAGGACUGGAGUCUGGUGCAAUAGAUGUUUGCGUACAGAACAAGAUCCGUCUCUAGAAUGGAGGCAGACACUAAGUACUAUAUCGCACGAUCAAAGGAGACCACAUUUUGAUCUUCGGAUGGAAUGAGCGCCAGGCGGCAUGGAGCGGAAAGCCAAGGAUAGCGCAAUUUAAAUCCGAUCUCACGUAAUGUGAGGAAGAGCUUGGUCUUGCUUCAAAAUAUACGGCAAGACCAAGGCGAUUUGACGCUAGCUAAGCACUUGAAGGCAAGGACGCUCAACAAAGACCUCGUGAUUCGAUGGAGGUCACAAAGCAUUGAUACCAAAAUGCUCUUUGUGUACGAACGGAUGGGUUUGAGCCCGGUACGUUACUGUUAACUUUAGCUCAUGAUUUUGCAAUCAUUUAAUGAAAGAUAUUUGGAGACGCA